CUGAGGAAGUGACGAGAACGCUCUACAGAGUUCUAGAACAAUCUUUUCCUUUCCAUAACUGAUGAAUUAAUCGAAGGUGAUCUCAAAAGAAUUCCGCUUCUAGCCUCCACCUCCCUCCGAUCUACACCCCGAUCGACCGUUGCCACAAGCUCAGCGGCAUCUCACCAAGCUGCAGCCAUCCCGCCGGCCGCCGCCAUGUUCGGCGUCGUCUUCCCGGAUCACACCUUCCCCCUCGACGCCACCGCCUUCGCGCAGGUCGCGCCCACCUCCUGGCUGCUCGACUUCUCCACGCUCUCCCUCUCCGCCACGCCCCGCUCCGCCGUCGUCUUCCUGCUCCCGCCCGCCGCCGCCGCGCUGCCGCCGGGCAAGGCCGUCGCCGUCUACUACCAGGCGGCCGCCAACCGCCCCUUCGCCUUCCUCGGCGCGCUGGGCCCCGCGCGCCCGUCCGCCACCUUCCGGCUCCCGGAGGCCGGGGACGAGCCGGAGCCCCCGGCCGGGCCCGCCAAGCUCGGCGUCGCCGUGGAGGACGCCGCCGCGCUGCCCCCGGCCCCCGAGGAGCAGCGCGCCGAGCGGGUCGCGCUCCGCGUCGGGGAGAACCUCUUCAAUUUCAUGCAGUCCUUCUGCGCCGCCGACGGCGGCAAGCUGAUUGUGCCCACGGAUAUCAUGGACCGCUGGUUCCGCAAGUUCCAGGAGAGGGCCAAGAAGGAUCCCUCAUAUCUAAAGAGCUUUGACUUCUGAGACCAAAGCUUAGGUAUUUCCUUCUCUCAGUGUAUUGAUUGGUUCUCUCUAUCCUCAACUUCCGCUGGGUGCGAAUUGGUUCUGAAAAAAAUGUGUUGGUGCUCCCAUUGUACGAUGUGAAUGCUUCUCUCUCAUUUCAUUAAGAGUUUGCAGAACUUUACUUUUUUUUUUUCCGAUAAAGAGCAGAACUUUGCCUUUGUAGUGUCAACUCAAAUCGUGAUCCACAAGAGGGGAUGAUUCUCUAGACAAUGUCUACUAGAUUGUACCCAUGUAUCUGAAACUGGCCCAACAAGGUUUUGGGACUCUCAAAGAAACUUCAUUGAACCCAAUCAUUUUGGUUAUUGAACUGUCGUAUAUUUUGUAUUUUGUGUUCUUCAACAUGUGCUAUCUGAUGCGAUUUAUUUUUUUCCAUUUUGCAAGAGUUAUAUGCAAAUGGUUUGUGUGAGUCCGUGAAGUUGUUUGUAGCAUAAUGUGAAUGUGUCCGCGCUUAGAUUAAAAGCACAUCUUGUCUCGAGAGAGAUUGAAACUUGUAUGUACUGAAGUUUCUAGUGUACUGUAACAAUUUGGCGAUACAAUUUGCUUAAAAUCUUGAUUGACUGUCAGAAAUGGUGAAUUGACUGCCAGUAUGAAGUGUAUGAUUGAGGAACUCAUUAUAUCAGUGGUUGUGCCUCUUUACUCAUAUAUAUGUCAAUUCACCAUCUUUUCUUUCUCCUUACAUGUGGGACUAUCUAAUUUUUUUGGCAUAAUCCCAUCCUAUAUCACUGUGUAGAGAUCCCAAUAGCCUCCUCAUCCACGACUCCAAAUUCGAAAAUUCAAAUCUGCCAAAGGUGUUGCUCCACUAGAAAUAACUCCAAUUUCUGCUUGAGACAAAGCUAUGUGAUUUUUUUAAAAGAAGGGAUACUUAUGUUCUAUCCUGGCCUCUACACCAAGGUGUUACGAAAUGGUUCAACCAAUUAGAUCAAAUUUGUUUGUUUUUUUUUAAUCUGUAGCUACACACAAGAUUUAGCCGGUAGAAGAUAUUUUUUCUUUUCCGUUUUCUUGUUUUGCUGAGUGACCUGCAAAUCUGUGCUCCUGCCUAAAUUCAAUCAAGUUGGUGCGGAUUAAACAUGUGUGUAGUUAAUACACAUCCUGCAGUACAGCCAAAUAAAAAAUGUUUGUCUUACAGAUCUUCUAUCGUGCUGAUCACUCGAUUGUGUUAUAGUAUGGUGCAUAAGCACUUUUGUCUUCCGUUCCAUUGGUUGAUUUUUAUGAACAUCAUGUGUGACCCUUGAGAUGUAAACUUUGAAUUCUAAACUCUGAAUUACAAUAAAACGACUGUGCGUCAAUUGAUGCAGAGGCCGGGGCUAUGCUCCCAUUUCGAAAAAAAAGU